GCUGGAUAAAAUGGCGAUAUGAGCUGCUACAGUGUAACAGAAAGUGUAGCAGUAAUAGACAUCAGUUAGUACCGCAGGACUUGAAAAGCCGAUAACGUAAAUAAAUGUGUAAAGCUAUGUGUAUUUAAUAAAUGUGUAUUUAAAGGCACUCCAUCCAAAAAUGGACAAAGACAGGCUCCCCCCGGGUCCGUGCUCUUGGCUGGAGGUGCAUAACUUCAUUGGUGACCUUAUGGCAGCCUCUGCUCCACUGAGAGAUCAGCGGGUUGAUGAAACUUUGAGUUCUGCCUGGGACAUGACAAGACCCAAAGUCUCUCCCCAGUCAAACCCUUCUAGAUCAAGCCAGGUGAAAAGUACUGUAGCGUUUGGUCUGCAUUCUGAGGAACGGGAAAAAUUACCUAGAGACCAUGAAAGCAUUAUUCAGCAUCGUACCUGCACAUGUCCUGGCUGCCCACUUUCCACAUCAUCCUCUCCUUCCUCACUCCAGACUAUGAAAGCUAGAGGUAACUCUGCCUCACAAAUCCAACCACCCUCACCCCCCCAGUCCACCCCACCACAGCAGGGCAAAGAGUCCAAUUCUGCCCCCCUAGGCCUGGGCUUGUGUCUCGGACUGGGUCUCUCUUUAGAAGAGGACACCAGUGAGCCCAGCUGCACAUCUAAUUCUGAACCUGGUCACCCUCAGCAGCAGGACAAAGGCACUAGCACCCACAGUCCCAUCCCACAUGCAAACCCUGAUGCCCCACCUCUUCAAGCUUUUCCCUGUCUGUGCUGUCACCGUGGGUUCCAAACCUGUGCUCAACUCCUCUAUCACGAAAAAGACUCAGAAGAGCAUGCUGCGCGCUACCACCACCAUAAUCAUCACCACCAUCACUGCCUUCUUACCUCUUGCAUGCCGUGUACACAGUUGUACCACGCUGCCCAGUCGCUGUCCUCCUUCCCGUGCUUGUCCUGCCAGCGCACGUUCCCCACCUGUGCCCAGCUCUUGCGCCAUCAGCAGGGCCACGUGCAGCAGGAGAGCUUGCAGCAACUGCCGUGCAUGCACUGCAGCGCCUCUUUUCCCCGGCCUUCGCAACUGCUGCAGCAUCAGCGUACCCAGCACGCGUCCAAAACGGGCGGCUUCCUGUGUGCCGAAUGCGGCCGCGCGUUCAACUCGCACAGCAACCUGCGCAUCCAUCUCAACGUGCACACCGGCGCCCGGCCCUACAGCUGCGCGGACUGCGGGAAGAGCUUCAGCCAAUCAGGGGCCCUCAAGAUUCACCGCAGAAUACACACGGGAGAGAGGCCGUAUACCUGUACGUAUUGCGGGAGGGGUUUCCCUCACUUGGCUGGGGUGAGGGCCCAUCAGCGCACACACACGGGGGAGAAACCCUACCGGUGUGCCCAGUGUGGCAAGUGUUUUACUCAGUCUGGGGCGCUAAAGAUCCACACUCGCAUCCACACCGGUGAGAGGCCUUUCGUCUGUAGCCUCUGCGGGAAGAGCUUUUCUAACCGCUCUGGCAUUCGCUUUCAUCACCGUACAGUUCAUGGGAUUGUUACUGAGCCCAACUCCGUCGGCAGGCCCAGCCUGGCUGCCACCGCGUCGGCUCUUGCAUCAGACGUCCAGAGGAUCCAAGAACCUCUCAACCUGAUCCAUCUUAGGCAACUGGAGGGGCGGAAUCUGUCCGGCAAAGAACAAUUAGGCAGGGAUAGUGACAAAACAGCCCUUCCAUAUGUCUGUGAGGACUGUGGCCAGCGCUUCCCAGAUGCUCCAUCUAGAAACAGACACCAGACUUUGGAACACUAUUCAACAGAAGAGAGAGAAAGGGAAGAGAGAGGUACAGAUAACCACAAAGAUUAGAGGAAUGACAGUAGACUGAGAAAGCAGAUAGUCAAAUACCGAUGGCACCUGAAUAAUGCACUAUGCCGCAUAUAGUUAAAGCUAUAGUUCACACAAAAAUGACGAUUCUGUCAUCAUUUACUCAUGCCAUUGGCUGUGUGUAUGAUUUAUUCUCCUCUGUGGAACACAGUGGAAGUUUUUUUUAAAGAGUGUUAGCUCUUUUUAUCCAUACAAUGAAAGUCAAUGUGGUCCUAAAGUUUCAAACUCUCAAAAAGGUAAGGUAUAAAAUAUUCACGCAAAUCCAGUUAUUUCAUCAUUUUUAAUAAGGUUUAGUCACUCUGUGUGAUACGUUUUUACAUUAUUCACUCAAAUCAAAUAUUGACCAGCUCAUGUACACAGCCCAAGUCAAAUAGAUGUACUGUAAGUUGAUAACAGAAGAUCUGGUUGUUCUUGCAUGUCUUGUGACCAAACGUCAUGCCACAUGAGAACCAAUGAGAUCUCAAUGUUAUCCACUUGCUGGGAGCUGGUAUCAGUCCAUCAUAACAAACAGAGUAUUAUUGUUUGGUCAUGUAAUAUUCGUUUGUCUGUGACUUGUGCCUCAAGAACCUAAAUUAUGAUGAUCUAUUGUGAUUUGCACCUUAAGUUUUAAAUCAGUAACUUAGAAUUUGGCAAUCAGUGUUACGUUUUAGCACAAUUAGUCUUCCUUAUCUACUAUUUUUAAGUCGACAUUUCUUUUUAGUGUUUGAAAAACUGCUGAACUAGAUUAUUAUGAAAAGGUUCUCUUUGCAUUUGUUGUGUGCUGUUUGAAGUUAUAGUGCCAUGUGAAUAUUGCUAGGCAAAUCAAAACAAUUGUAGAUUCUGGCUUUAAAAGCUCAUUAUUUAUUGGUUAAGGUUUUUUUUCCCUUCUCACUUCUAUAAUUGUUGUAGAACUAAUGUUUGUAAUUACUGUAAUUCAUGCAUUCACCAGGUAAAAGCACUUAAGUAUAUUGUGUGGUAAUCAGUAUUAUAACAUAUAGGACAUGUCAUGGGCUCUCUGCAGGAGCUGACAGUAUACAAAAUUACAUAAAGUGGUGUAGCUGUCUUUACACAAGUCCAGGUAAGUAACUAAAACAAAGGAUUGUCCAUUAUUCUUGUAUUAAAUGUAUUUAACAUUAUAUUGUUGGUAUACUCACUCUGUUGACUGAUCAUCAUAUUUCUUUCUGUACAUCUGUCAGUGUGAACAUUGAUCAAUGAAAACUUGUGACAUAUGACGUUGUACUGCCUUAUAUUGAUAUUGAGAAUGUUACAGUGUUACAACAGUUGUCAGUGUGUGUUCCAUCUGUUCGGUUGAAAAUAAAGCUUUGGAUUGU